AUGGAGGUUCGACGCAUGGAUGAACCCAAGGUGGUGAAGAAUAUCCGCCAAGGUGGAGUCAACGUGCCAAACAAUUGUUACUACAACAUUGUGAAUGUUAGAUGUGGGCAUUGCACGAUGGUUCUCUCCAUGGAUCUUGGACCUUUCCACCAAGCAAGCACGGCUCAAGAACACCAGGUGCAGAACAGAGUUGUAUUGAAUAAUUCUGGGAGUUACGACUCUGCUGCAAGGAAUCAGCGGGCAAUGCCCAUGUAUCCGAUGGUGAACAAUCAGCAGCAAGUGUCACCGAUACACCCGCCGGAGAAGAGACAACAUGUUCCAUCUGCGUACAACAGAUUCAUCAAGGAAGAGAUACAAAGGAUAAAGUCAAGCAAUCCUGAGAUUAGCCACCGAGAGGCAUUCAAUACUGCUGCAAAAAACUGGGCUCAUCUUCCUCGGCUGCACUUCGGCCUGAGCGUUGCUGGCGGCGGCGGCGGUGCCAAUUAG